GGGAAGUGAUGGACUAACAAUGGUCGUUGUUAGUUGAAAAUAUCUAUAGACUUCUUACAUUUUAUGCUUCAGUUAAUAAGCAAUGAAGAAGGAGAAAAAGUCCAGCUAUUCCUGCCUCCUGGUUCUUGCUAUUUUAUUCAGAGCUGCAGAGACUGUUCCAGCCUACGUGAAUCUAUUCUAUUUCAACACUACUAGCAACAGCACUGUGACCGAGCAAUGUGAAUGUGGUGUGUAUGGAGCAAACUCUCCUCUGGGUAUGGCAACGGGGCUGGUGGGCGUUCCUAAAUCUGCUAACCUUCAAGCCUGUGAAUCUAACAUGGAGUUCACUGUCACGGAAGCGCCAUGGAUUGCAUUGAUUGAAAGAGGCAAUUGCAGAUUUUCAGAAAAGAUUAAACUGGCAGCCAAAAAGGGUGCUGAAGCUGUUGUGAUCUACAAUGCCCCAGAAAGUGGCAGUUAUCUCAUCCCUAUGGCACACUCUGGGGCAAGUGACAUUGUUGCAAUUAUGAUCAGCAAUCUGAAAGGCCUGGACAUCUUACGCCGGAUUGAGAAGGGCUUUCAAGUGACUAUGGUUAUUGAAGUAGGGAAAAAGCAUGCACCCUGGAUGAAUCACUAUUCAAUCUUCUUUGUCUCAGUGUCGUUUUUCAUUGUCACAGCAGCAACUGUGGGCUACUUCAUUUUUUAUUCUGCUCGAAGAUUCAGGGUUGCAAGAGCUCAAAACAGGAGAGAGAGCCUACCAGAACAUGUGAUCCUCUCUGGUGACUUUGCAAGGGCUGUUCUCUCUCCAGCCUUCUUUCCAGGACUUCCGAGACAGUUAAAAGCAGAUGCCAAAAAGGCUAUUGGACAGCUACAACUGCGCACGUUAAAACAGGGGGAUAAGGAAAUUGGUCCUGAUGGUGAUAGCUGUGCAGUGUGCAUUGAAGUAUACAAACCAAAUGAUGUAGUGCGUAUUUUAACUUGCAACCAUCUCUUCCACAAGACUUGUAUUGAUCCCUGGUUGUUAGAACACAGGACAUGUCCUAUGUGCAAAUUGGACAUACUUAAAGCUUUGGGAAUUGAGGUGGAUAUAGAAGAUGGAGCAGAGUCUUUCCAGACCACGGUGUCCAAUGAAGCAUCGAAUAGAGCUUCACUUAAUGAAGAGGAUAAUCGUAGUGAGACUGCGUCAUCUGGAUAUGCUUCAGUGCAAGGAACAGAUGAGCCGACUCUAGAGGAACAUGCAUCUUCAGAGCAUGACAAUCUGUAUCUUGUAAACAAUGAGUCCCAGUCUCCAGAAGUGGAGGUCCUUCCUCACCUUGACAACCCCAGCUUUGAAACAGAUGAAACGCGCGUUCAAGAAAUCAAAUCCUGAAAAUCUGUCAAGCAAUGCGGAAUCUGAACCCUUUGUAGCAAACUGCCAGUUGUGGUCAUUAUGUACGUCAAACAGUAUAACAAAUGAACUACUCUGUAGCAGCAGUGUUGCAUUGGAAAUAUUGGGAUGAAAUGAAAUUUUUUAAUAGAUCACAAUUACAUGGUUUGAAAACUUAACCUUCUUAUUUAAACCUUUUUAUCUUCCUUAUGGAAUUUAGUGCAAGUAUUCUUCAAAUAAAACUCUCAAAGGAACAUGUGAAGAAAACCAUCUGAUUUUAACAUUGAACCAAACCUUCCUAAACCAGCCAUUCUUGUGCAGCGACAUUUCCAUUCAGCCUGUGAAAACAUACGCUGCUUUUUUAAAUAUUGUACUAAGUGGAUUCUCCUGUAGUAACUGUCUCUGUGAGAAUUGUUUGAUUUGGAGCUAAUAGAUUUAAUAUAAAGAUCAAUUUUGAUCUUGUUGUAAUAGAAAUCUGUCUGGACUUAAUUGUUUUGUGUAAAACAAUGAUCAUGUUAACUGUCACUGCACCAAAUUAGUAGAACAGAAUUACAAACUAAAUGCCUAUCAACCUUCUCUUGCCCCCCCAAUAUUUUUGUGGAAUAUUAAACCUAUUUCAGAUGAGGUAAAGGGUCUAAUCCGUCAUAUAAUGUAACAUAUAUUCCUAAACCUAUUUGAAGGGUUUUAAAUAGCAGGUCAAGUCUGACUUGCAAAUAUUGUAAAGGGAACAAUUCCAGAAGUGCUGUUUUUUGUGGGUUUUUUUUUUAAAUACCCUAUUCACUUUCUCAAGCUUCUAACUUGUGAAUUAAUGGACUUUUGAAUGGAGUCUGAAGGCUAUCAUAUGGCUCAGGGGUUGUCUAGAGAGCUGCAACACCAGCAAUGUUUGCUAGUCCACACUUUGUGGGAGUCUGAAAUGCUGAAGACUGUCAACUGAGAGUGAAGGUCUACAACUACUGAAUAGAACAUGGUAAGGCAACAGGUUGUAAAGAAUGCUACUGAAUAUUGAGGAGGGUGUGCCUAGUUUAGCAAACUGGAUACACUUGCAAUGACUCAACUGAUUUCCUGUAAAUGAAGCUAUAAAUUGCUGAUAGUUUUCUAAUAUUUGGGGAGAGUGGAACACAAGGGUGCCUUAGUACAAAGUCUAGAGCCUCAUCCACCAAAGGUAACUAAGUACAUCUAUAAAUGCACUUUAUUUUGUGUCUUUAGUCUUUAUUCUGUGGAUUUGUUCCUAAUACUAAUGCUAACAGAAUUUAGUCUAAGGAACAGCAAUAAUUGUACUACUGUUUGAAUCUCUUGGGAGAAAACAAUGCAUUUUCUUACUUCUGUGUAGUAUGAUUAAAAAUGUUGUAAAUAUUUCAUGAUUUGUACUGAAUUCCUUUGAAUAUGAAAAUGUAAAUAAAACUGUAUUCAAAUGA